GUUGACAGUGUCAGAGACCUACGGUACAGGGCAAGAUCAUCGUGAUUCCAAGCAUGACAAAACAUGGUGAUGAUGACACGACGACCUCACGCUCUGUCGUUGCUAGCACAUCGAACUACGAAGCUUGUGCAUACAACGUCUCCAAGAACGGGUUGUACUCAGAGUCAAUGACAGACACACCUCAAAACAAUCCAUUCUUGAGAUGUUCUCGCCUCCAAAAACGAUAUAAUCAGAUCUCUCGGGCUCGUCUCGUAGCACAAGUUUCUUAUCAGCCAGCGCUGACAUGGCUUCCAGCAAUUCCCUGUUUUAUGCAGUUCUAAUUCUGUAUGUCUGUGCGUCGGAAUCGAAGUCAGCAGAAGCGUGCGGCGGCUUUCUGAAAUAUUGCAAAGCACCCUUCAGCCACUCAGGAGGCAAGUUGAGAGCCAGAUGCCGGACCAACGCGGGUAACUUUGUGGCGGCUGAGGUGAACCUGGACAACUAUUUGAGCAACGUGAAUGGAAACUUGGUUCCUGGGACGGGCUACACGAAAUCCUGUCAGGGCUUCGGAUACUUUCUCGUGGGAGCUUCACAGUUCAUCGUCACGGCGAACUGCACGAAAUUCGAGGGCGGGCUUAGAACGACCGGCUACAAUGUUAACAGCCGGGUCAGUAGCAAAAACGGGGUCAUGAAAUGGGACACGGGGUCCUGCCGAAGACGGUCACUUCUUCAAGCAGCUGACAGUCUCAGAGAAGAAGGUGUAGCAUGAGGAGGUGGAAAUUUCGCACGGAGAUAUUCUGUAGGUUAGUGUCUGUUCUGUGUCAUUGAAGACAACGGACAGAUGUGGCUCGAAAACAUAUCCAAGGAUCAGACUGCUUUCGUGGCCCCAGCUUUCCUCUUACGAUGGAAAGCACUGUAAAUACGAUAUCAUUAAUCGAUCUUAAAACAUU